CUGCAUUAAAAUAUCUUUUAAGUGUUUGUGUAUUCGAGAUUACUGUUUUAUAAGUGUAAAUAGAAAGUUAGAAAAUGGAUGUGAUAAAAAAAGACUUGCUUGUGCCAGCAAAGUAUAUCAAAAUAACGGAUGGACAAAUUUGUUUAACUGUUCAUAAAAGCUGGUUGACUAGUUUACUUACCAUAGGGCCGAUUUCAUUUAUUAAUCAUGACAAGUUAACUGAAGAUGAAAUUGCAGCACAACCCAUGCUUGAGGAGUUGGGUUCAAAUUGGAUAAGAGUAUAUGUCAAAGUUUAUGAAAAAGAAAAUAAGUAUGCAAUUCCACUUGUAAGGGGCAGACAUAUUACAAAUAGAAGUACUCAACCAGAUUUAACAUUUUCACAAUUAUUGCAUUAUGUUGUGGAAACAAAUUAUCAAAAUUUAUGGAAAGAAUGUUAUAAAAAGUAUUACAAUCCAUGGAAUUGUGUAGAACAUAAAGAUCAAUGUAAUAUAACAGCUAAUGUAAGCGAUACAUCAAUUAUGCAAGAAGUUCUACAAAAAAUGUAUGGCUGUAGUUUAGUACAAAUUCAGAAUGGAUUAGUUUUAUCUGUAUUACCCGGUGUGACAACUGAGGCACAUUGUAAUCUUCUUCCAAUACUUUUCGCUAUUGAAACUGCAUCUGCUUUCGUGACAUUGCAUGAACAAACUGCAGAAUACUCACUCCGGGAGUGUGUUAUGUACAGUCCUGCUGUUUUAAGCAUGAGUCAUGGAAAAUCAUUGUUUCUGGUAUAUCAACUUUUACAAUUAUAUAGAGAUUUACAUGACCGAGGCCUAGUAUUAGGUGAAAUUACCCUCAGCGAUAUAUUACUCAUGGAUAAUUUUACUAUUCAGGUAUUACCAAAGUUGAGCGAUAAUGUGUAUAUCAAAUCAGAAAGUCAAGUUCAUAAAGUUUCUGCGAAUCAUGAGAUAAAAUGGAAAAAUUUCAGCGGAUAUAAAAAAACUAUUGAUGUAAUUUCAUCGAGCGCUAUGUCACAAGGAAAUCCCAGAUUUGGAACGAAUGAAAGUAUCGAGAAGUUGUGUGAAAUGUGGGUCUAUAAUUGCAUUAGUAAUUAUGAUUAUUUGACUGCACUAAAUAAUAUGGCUGGAAGAAGAUACGGAGAUCCAAGUUGCCAUCACGUUAUGCCUUGGGUUACGGACUUUACAUCCAGAUGUGGUGGUAACUGGCGAGAUCUAACCAAAUCUAAAUUUCGUUUAAACAAGGGAGAUAGACAGUUGGAUUUGACGUUCGACUCACAAUCUGUAGCAGUUGGUCAUCACGUUUCGGAUGUUCUGUCAGAAAUUACGUAUUAUGUUUAUCUCUCGCGUCGUUAUGAUAAAUCUGUACUGUGCAAACACGUAAGACCCCAAUGGGUUCCAGGAGAAUAUCCUGCGUCUAUACAAAGGUUACACGACUGGAGUCCAGAUGAAUGUAUACCACAAUUUUUCUCCGAUCCUAAUGUUUUUAAAUCUAUUCACGAAGAUUUACCAGAUUUAGAAAUUCCUGCAUGGGCAACAUCACCGGAAGAUUUUAUAGAGAAACACAGAGAAGCUUUGGAAAGUUUUUAUGUAUCCGAGAGAUUACAUCAUUGGAUAGAUUUAACUUUUGGCUACAAAUUAUCUGGUUCAGCCGCAGUGAAGUCGAAAAAUGUUUGCUUACAGCUUGUUGACAAUCAUACUGGCUUAACCAAUUCUGGGGUGGUUCAACUUUUUACACAACCACAUCCACAAAAAAUAAUUCCUUCGCCUUAUUGGUGUAAAAUUCCACCUCGAUUACGUUCAUCUUUUGUACUUAAUAAACAUAAAAAUGAUCAAUGUGGAAAUAGAGCUAGUGACGAUGAGGGUCACAGUUCUGGGUUUGAAGAAGAAGAACUACCAGUUUCAAUUUUGAGUACAUCUAAAUCAUCACCAUUGGUUUUAAGUCGAUUACUAAGUCGUUCACGGGGCUCUCUGCUCUCCACCGAAGAUGUGAUCAAACAAGAGAAAUCCACAAGCCAGACAAUAAUUCUUCCUAAAGACUAUAAUCCAGUCGCAGGUAUUACCCAUGUGGAAACUGUGCAUAUAUUUAUGAAUAAAGUGAGCUCUCAGGUUUAUAAGUCCGAGAUUGAAUUGCACGAGUCAUGCAUUAAUUACAAACAAAUUGUGGCCAGUGGACGCAUCAAAGAACAACAAAUACUUGGCUGCUUAAUCGUGGAAAUAUUUUUGUCCAAUAAAUUCCGAGCGACAUGGAAUAUGGAGAAAGUAUCAUUUUCAAAAAGACUUGCGGUGUGUUUGAACACUUUGAAAAUAUCAGCUGAUAGUUUACCCAAGUGUGUAAGACAUGCUGUAGCUUUAUUAUUGCAAGUGGAUAUUGUACCAAAAAGUUAUAAUGCUGAUACCACAGAAGUAAGUUUCAUUUCGUACAAGAAUUAUGCAAAAUAGAAUGUAAUGGAUACACCUUUUCGUUAUCCAACUGUUACAUAUAUGGGCCUACCACCACCGUCUGCCCACCAGUUUCUCCAGCCAAUACUUUUUGGAAGUUUAUUACCAUUUUCAAAAUAUUAUAAAUAUUUAUUCAAUAUAGUUGAAAUGCUACAAGAAUACAGCAGUUUAGUGCGCGAGUUAAAUUUUAUGGUGAAGUCUGAAGACGAUCCAGAUUUUACAUUUAAGACAAAAACAAGAUUUCUUUGUAAAAUCAGCGAAUGCAAAGUUAAAGCAAUUGCGAGGGAAUUGGAACAUCUACUGUCCCACGUUGGAAUUGCAAGAGAAGCUUUAGAAUUAAUAGUGCCUCAUAUACAGCAAGUAAUGGAGGAACCUUACAGCGCUGUUUUGGCUGCUUGGUAUUUAUUUGACCCUGUUGCCAAAGCAUUGGGUCCCAAAGAUACCGCAGAAACAUUUCUUACAUCUAUUAUGAAGUUAUAUGAAAAUGGUUCUUUUAUGGACAAUUCGUUGUGUGCUGACAUACUGCCGUCGGGGAUAGUUGCAAAAUUUAGAACCACGCGUUUAUAUCAUAGAAAUUUUCUGUUAAAGCUUACAGUAAGAAUGGGUUUAAGACGCUAUUUGGAAAAUUUUAUUACACCUCUCGUGGAAGCGGUUGGGGGAUAUAGAGAUUAUAUACAGGGAUCUUCAGUUUAUACUCACAAAACUGGUAAUCUCAAAAGCUGCGAUUUAAAUGAUAUUUGUAAUGAAGGAGAAGGAAUUUUGUCACCGUUGGACGAAGAUUCUUCUGCAGGUUCAGAACAGAUUUCUUUAUCACCUGGACCUAUAACAACUGAUUAUACACAUAACCUGAUUUUAACUGAUAAUGAUGUCGAAGAAGUAUUCACGAUGGAUGCAGAAGACAGUUCUUGGGUUCCAUUAACUUCUGGUGCAUCGUACGAUAUUGAUUUACAUAUAGAUCUGAAUUUGAAUCUGAACGAUGACUUAAAUGACGAAGGAAACAAAAGUUCACCACUGAGAUCAAUUAAAUCGCCAACAAUUCCUAUACCGAAACCAUCGAAUUCUCCAAAUAAAUUGGUAAUAGAAUUUAAUAAUAUCGGCUGCAACGUAGGGAGUAAAACUUCCAAUGAGGAAUAUUUAUUGUACAAUGGUUCUUACUGUCGAAUUACCGAUUCUGUUAAUAAUUCAGAAGAGUUUUGUAAUGCGGAGGAACAAAAUUCUAUAGUACUACAAACAGAUGACAUUAAAACUGAUGCUGCGGUACAUAAAAACGUUCAGAUAGAUCAAAUUUAUCAAAAAUCGAUGUCAAAUGAAUGUACAACAUCAGAAAUGAGCGCAGGAUCUAUUAUUUGGUUAUCUCAUCGACUUGGUCCUGUACUCACUGCUAGAUAUUUAUCACGAAAUUUAUUAAGAAUGCUUGCGUUGUGUUACACAGGAGAGGAAAAUUUAACAGUAAUCGAUGAAACUACAUCGUCUGUGCAGGGUAUUACUCGCAAAGAAAAAGUUUUAGUUGGCGAUCGUAAUGCUGUCAAAGUUCUAGAGUGCCUUACAGCCAUUGCAGGUCUGUAUGGGGAACAAAUUAUAAUAUUACAAUACUUUGCACAUAUGGUGGAAUUGAUAGCUCUUUGUAAACGAAAACUAACACAAAAUUUAGAAGGAGGACUUAUUUCGUGUUUGACUCUUUUAAAUCAUAUUACACCGUACCUUAAUGACGCAACUUUAAUGGAUUGCCUUCACGAACCAAUUGUAAAAGCAAUACUGUACCCUACAGUACGUAUAUUAUCAUCUACAAGAUUUACUUUUCCUAAUGGUGUAAUUGCACGCGCAGUAUUAGCAGAAAAAUGUCUGGAGACUGUAUUCAUGUUCAGUGUACGAUUGGGAAGUGUUGUUAUAAAAAAUCAUUUAGCUGUUCCUAUUCAACGAUUUUUCUUAGCCUUUGAUAAAUCAUUUAAUCGAAAUGUUGUGGGGAAUUUCAAAAGCGAAAUUAAUCAGAAAGCAGCGAACGAACAAUUGGCGAGGAUAAAGGGCUUAAAUGAGGAGAAUAGAGAUACUCGUGCAUUUCAAUCAAAUUUUAAUACAGACGUCGCUGAUUCUUAUUCUCCGCCAGUUGUAGAAAAUAUGGAUAUAUCAGAUUAUCAGAAAAAUAAAGCACUUGACGAAUUAAAGGCUGUAUUUACAACAGAAUUUGCCCAUAAAGCAUACAUGCUGUUUUAUAAAUGCAUCGACAGCGAAGUUAUGGAACAAAUACUUAAAAACUAUGGACACAUACAUCAUUUAUGUCAAAAGUAUGAACAAGAUACAAAAAUAAAUACAAUAAAUUUCGAUCAUAAUAAACACAGCGCUUCAUACAACAGUAAUUAUAAUGCAACGGAAACUUCAGGGAUAGUUCACAAAGACGUAUCAAAUUUUGGAAAUAUAUCAGUAGUAGGUAACAGAUUUGCAAUACAAAAGACCAGUACUGGGGAUUAUGCUACAGCGGACAACAUGUCCACUCGAGAAGCCAGUUCAUCGUAUACUGGAAGGCAAUUACGAGGGAAUUGGUUGGCAUACUGGGAACAUGAAAUUGGAAGAUCAGACAAAGAUGUGACAUUUAACGUAAAGCAAAUAAAGCUUCAAACAUUUAGCGGACAUACUAACAGUAUUAGAUGCUUACAUGUACUAGAUAAUGAGAACAGUUUCAUAAGUGGCGGACGAGAUAAAACUGUAAAGUUGUGGAGUUUAAGAAGUCAGGGUGAUGGGAAUACUGUUUCAUCUUGCCAAUAUACUUAUACUGGUCAUAAAAAAUCUAUUCUUGCGCUGACAUUCUUAGAAUCUCUAAGAUACGUAGUCACUUGUGAUGGUGCAAUUCAUUGUUGGGAUCCUUUUAUGGGUUCCCUUCUUGGAUGUCCGGAAAAUUCUCGACCUGUUCCAGUAAACACAUUUAUAGCAAGUCCUUCACCAUCUACAACUUUGCUUGUAGGAACAACUGACAUUACGCUCAGAGUUAUUGAUUGUAGAACAUUUCAGUAUGUAAAUGAAAUGAAGGUGUCUGUGAAUCCCACAGGUUUAAUUAGAUGUAUUGCAGUAGCACCUAGUGGUAAUUGGGUAGCCCUAGGUCAGGCAUCAGGGUUUUUAACAAUUUUAGACACUCGAACUGGUCUUAUUAUUGCAUCUUGGAAGGGACAUGAAUGUGAGAUAUUACAACUAGAGACAAUAAAUGAAACCACUAUAGUUAGUUCUUCGUUAGAUGAAACUAUCGCUGUGUGGAGUGCAGUGGAUGGGAAACUUAAAUUCCAUAUGAAGGGAGCUACAGAACCAGUUCACUGUAUGUCCACCUAUGAACAAGAACUUGUUAUAGGAACAACAGCAAAUCGUGUAGGAGUUUUUACAUCUAUUGAAACAGCAGCUGCGUUCUCAUCAUCGAAGCUAAAAUCUGACACUUUUAAAGGGCUCCUUACUACAAUGGCGAUUCUUCCUCUUAAUCGAUUACUAUUAUUAGGCGCAGAUAACGGCGGUAUUACAUUAAUUUGUUGAAUCUCCUACCAAAA